AGAAGACAUAAAAAUUCUAUUUGCAAGCAAAUAUUUUGUGUUGUUGUGUUGUUCAAUGUUUUUGUUACAAGUUAGAUUUUUGUUUUAAUGGCACUUUGGAAAGUCAACAGUGCCUUCGUCCAUCAUGGAAGGUAUAUAAUUUUCAUAGUUUCCGUAGUAGAAAAAAGAAAUUUUUAUGACACUAACCAAGAUUUUUCAUUUUCGUUUGAAUCUGAUUUUUAUAGGUGCUCCUUAUCCGCCAACAAAUCUUGCCAUAACAGAUUGUGCUAACCGCAAUACAACCCUAUCCUGGGUCACUGGAGCAGCUAACAAUGCGCCUAUCACACAGUUUAUUAUUGAACAGGAAUCAAAUCAUGAGCCCAGCGUGUUUUAUGUCAUUCAAAAUGUCACAAACCCUAGUGCGACGUCCUUUACCUUUAAUCUGACCGGAUGGGCGACCCUUCGUUUCCGUAUGAGAGCUGUCAACCGCUUUGGACCCAGCCGUGCAAGUGUAGCCACGACUGAAGUUUGUCGAACAGAUGUUGGACGUAAGUAUAUCUUUGGCUUUUCAGUGAAAACAUGCCUCUUAACAAACUUUCAGCGAUAUUUAUCCCCGGCAAAGGAGAGUUACAGUGUAAACUAUGCUAUAUUGAUUCUGAUAUUUUUUAAGGUAAAAAAAUAUAACUAUUAUUUCGGUAUAUAAAAUUGUGACUUGUCUUGGAACCAUUCAAUCAUAACCUCUUGCAGAACUUGUUGGGUUAUUUCUUGAUAAUGAGUUCGAUUUGAGACAUUCUUGGAAAGGGAGGUGACUUAAAAAAUUGCUUUUUUUUAACAGCUCCAGAUAAAUAUGCAGACAAUUUCCGUGGAAAUCCCAAGGGAGCGGAGACUCUCGAUAUUGUUUGGACUGUACGUACACUUAUCAAUUUGGUUAAGAGCCUUCUCGAUCUACAUGACUCGUCAUAUUAAAAGAAAGCCGAAUUAACUAACUAUUGUUUUAUAGUUUAUUCAAAAUGUUUCUAAGUUCUUUACAUCUUUGCCUCCUCAUGGACUUUUUUAAAACAUUGGUCUUAUUCGCCACUCUAGGAACGAGAGGAAACUGGAUCGAGUUAACUUUCGCGAAGACUGCCGGGACUUUUACAAGGGACAGGGAAAUAAGUUGACCAAUAGCUGUCCGGCGCUCUUUUAGUAACAAUCCAAGAAACAAUUGCGGAAAACGUAUCGGCUCCAUUUCCCUUUUCGUUCCUAUAGUAGCGAAUUAUAGUUAAAAAUUCUUGCGGGGAGCCCCCACUUCCAGACACCCCUAGGUUAAGAUAAGUUAUGGGAAGAGGCGAGCCUGGAGGCGGAAAGAAGUGGGAGCUAAGGCCCAAGAGUGUGCCAUUAGGGACCUUAAGCAAGGACGACGACGACUUCAGUGAAAACGUUGGUAAAAAAAUUAAUUUGCGUUCUUUCAAACUUAAUCGCGUCUAUUUGGACCCGCUCAAUAUGUCAAAUGCAGGCGACUUUUCCUGGAGUUGAAUUCUUAAGGAUUUUAUUCAGGUUCAAAAAGAUGAAGGAAAAUUCGUCGUCGUAUGUCCACGUCCUCCAUAAAACGUCAAAUUAGGAGGUUUCACGUCGUAGUCGUGCAGUGGACGUCAAAGAAAUGUACUAAAAAGCGUGAUGCACGUGCAGAGCUGUUGUUUUGAUCAUUAAACCUAUUGUUUUUUUGUUUAGUUUUGUUUUUUUUUGAAGUCGUCGUUGUGGUCGUCGUCGUCCUCGCUUAAGGUCCCUAUUGCUGCGGAGAGGACAACCUAACUGGUUUUGCUAUUAAUUUUUUCUUCGCAGGCAAUGCCUAAGGUGGAUUGGAAUGCACCCGGCCUUUACUACAUGCUGAAGUACAGACAGGUGGCCGAAGGGAACUCUGAAGUCGAGGAGAAUAUCCCUGAUCCCGCUGUUGACGUUUUUGCGAUACCAAAUCCCGGUUAUUAUGAGCUGUGGGAAUUUCAGAUUCAAGCUGGGAACGAGGAAGGUAUGGGGCCUUGGAGUCCUAAAGUAGAAUCACGUUCGGGUCAAGACCCGCCCGAAGGAAAGCCAGGAAAUGUAAAAACUGGAGGUGCGACCGCACGCACUGUUGAGUUGUCAUGGCAACCUGUUACUGUCACUCGAGGAAGUGUGGAUGGUUAUAAGGUGAGAGCAGUUUCGUUCCUUUUGCCUUUUUUUUUCCUUUACCUUGAGUGAGUCAAAAAUGGAAAGAUACCCCUGGAGCAAGAUUUAGUUAAUGGUCGUUCAAACUGCUGCGAACAGAUUUUAAGGGGUUGUUACAGCAACUUGUUAAUUUGCUUAGCUUACACUUGCUCGGAAGUCGGCCUUGAUGAAGUUUCUUGUUCUUGUAGCCUGGGAAAACAGCCGACAUUUCUCGAAACACCACCACUGGUUUCCCCGCAAAAUGACGUCUAAGAAACGAGCGCAGAAAUUCCAUACUGAUGACGUGUCAUCACUACCCUGAUCUAGAUAGUGCCUCUGAUUGGUUGAAGUUACUUUCUCUCGCGGCACGGCUAAUCAGAAGCACUACGCAGAUCAAGAUAGUAACACGUCAUCAAUAUGGAAUUUUUACGCUCGUUUCUCAGACGUCUUUUUGCGGUGAAACCAGUGGUGGCGUCGCGAAAGGUCGGCUGUUUUCUAAGGCUUCUUUUAUGGAUUGGUAAGAUUUUGUUAUCGUCAUUUUGGUCCUGUUGCACUGACAUUGAUCGAAUCAGACAAAUACAGCGAGUCACAACCAAUAGUGGGUGUCAAGAAUUGUGUUUUACAGUGGCGCAAUUUUUGUUUUUAGAUUUAUUACUGGGGUGAAAGUCAGCUGAAUGUAAGACGCCGACGUGAAAUUCCUGCUUAUGCCUUGUCUGUAAGUGUCCCAGGAGGCACCACAACUUCGCAUACUGUAAAGAGUCUUACGCCUUACACUAACUACAACUUUGCCAUCACGGCUUACAACAGUGGUGGCGAAGGGCCGGCCAGUGACGAAGCCUUUGCAGCAACUGAUGAGGAUAGUAAGUUAUAGAUAGAGACCUUUAGAUGCUAGGACGAGAUUUAACCUUUACCACGCUCUAAACUACAGAAAGACACUGACAGGUCUCUAGCUUUCACCGAAGUAAUUUCUUGGAACAUUUGGUAGUUCAGAUUGGUUUGUGGUAUUCAAAAGUUACCAUAUAAUUAUCGAAUCAUUGCUAAUAUUGUGCACCCAAUGAUCCUAGAUAUCUUUGCGCCGAGAGCUUAGUGAAUUUUUGCGUAAACUGUCCAUUAUCGUCAUUAUCAUCAUCAUCGUCCUCCUCCUCCUCCUCCGCCUCCUCCUCAUCAUCAUUAUUUUUAUUACUACAUAUAUUAGGAUCUAGUGUAAAAACUAUUGAAGUGUGUGGAAACUUCACCUUCCUCACAGUUUUUUUGUUUUUGUUGUUGUGUUGUUCAAUGUUUUUGUUAAAAGUUAGAUUUUUGUUUUAAUGGCACUUUGGAAAGUCAGUAGUGCCUUCGUUUAUCAUGGAAGUUAUAUAAUUUUCAUAGUUUCCGUAGUAGAAAAAAGAAACUUUUAGGACACUAACCAAGAUUUUUCAUUUUCGUUUGAAUCUGAUUUGUAUAGGUGUUCCUAAUCCGCCAACAAAUCUUGCCAUAACAAAUUGUUUUAACCGCAAUACAACCCUUUCCUGGGUCACUGGAGCAGCAAACAAUGCUUUCAUCCAACAGGUUUAUUAUUAGGGACCUUUAGCAUCACGUUUUUCAUGGGAAACUGCAAACCGCAAACCGCAAACCGCAAAAUGUCUCGUGACCACGGCCUUGCGGUCACGUUUGCAGUUUGCAGUUCACGUUUGAACCGCAGGAAGGGAUUCCAGCGGUAAGUGAUUUACGGCAAGGUUUUUUGCACAAGAAAUUGUACAGCCUCGCGUUUAAAGGUCUGAACUAGCUUUUUAUAUCCGUUUGCGAUGUGUUUGUUGGAUUUUUGAUCUCGAAUCAAUGAAUUAUUGCUGAGUUUUGGGCGAUUAAAGUGAUGCACUGCGACUUGAUGAAAACAACAUGGCGGCCCUAAACAAUGAACGCGUAGUUCAAAUCAAUUUUAUAUUCCUUUCUGCCGUACUAACAAAGGAAAGUAUUCUGUUCCAAUCCAAAGUUAAAUUUUUUUUUCUAUCCUGUCACUGAAUUCAUAACUUAAUUCAGUCUCUGUUUAGUUCCUUUUUCAACGUAUCACUCCGCGAAUUUCAUUUUAUUUUGCUUAUUUCUUAAUUGAGACUGGGGAGCCCAGGCUUCAUAAAGCCUUAUGGUUUCCUCUGGGCUCCCUUGCAACGUUACAAUCCCUAUAUGUAUUCUUGUAUUGUAUUAUAUUUUGGCUAAAUAAAAAUGAACUGAACUGAACUGAACGCCUUGCUAAAGUUUGAAAUCUCAGCAACGCGAAAUUGCAAACGCGUAACUGCGGUUUGUGGUUUGCGGUUUGCGGUUUACCUGAUGCUAAAGGUCUCUAUUGAGCAGAAAUCUUCGUACGAGCCCAACGUGUUUUAUAUCAUUCAAAAUGUCAUAAACCUUAAUGCAGCAUCGUUUACCUUUAAUCUGACCGGAUGGGCGACCCUUCAUUUCCGUACCCUACUUCAAACCCCUAACCUAAAGGGUCAGAAGCCUUCCUCAGUCUGCCCUUUCACCCUCCACCAAUGCAGCAUAGUUAGACCCACCAGGAGGUGAAAACCCCGGUCGUUUGAUUUCUAGACUCAGUUAUAAUGAGAUCAUUUGUCUUUCUAACUAUUUCAUCGUCCGGCGAAGUCCUUUACCAGUCAAAUGAAACCCCUUCGGCAUAAAUUUUUAAUAGUACUAUUUAGAAAUUUGUGAAAUCUUCGGUGGUCGACUGUAUUAGCAGUCAAUGCAUCGUACAUGCAUGCCUUUGUGUGCAAAACAUAACCCUUACAUUAUUUGUAACCUUUAAGAAGGCGUGCUCGCCUUUGCUACUGUUAUAAUUUGUGCCAUACAGCCAGGUUUUCAAGUAGUAUAUCAAGCAUGAGACGCAGUGUUUCAUCACCAGAUGAAACACUGCGAGGAGAGUUGAAAAUACGACGCGCAGCGGAGUAUUUUUCACGAACCUCGAGGUGUUUCAUCCGGUGAUGAAACACUGUGUCGAAUGCUUGAGAUUACUUCUCAAAUGAAUCAUUAAUGAGUUUGAGAAAUAAUCGUCCGGAUUGUCUCGAGCGCCCGAGGCAUCUCAACAUGUGUUCACGUGAUUGAGAAGGUCAUAUGCGAACACCUGUGGCGCCAUGUGGGACGAUGGGACGAUUGGGCGAUCAGAAUUUUUUUGUUAAAUUUUACUUUGGUCACUAUUGGGAUUGAAAGGGUUUAGACACGCAAGCUUCACUAUCACGAUAAGUGUCAAGCCCGGAGAAAAGGUUCGCUCUUUUAAAAGUCAAUUAAAUUGUCAUUUCUUAUUCCUCCUUUUAGAGCCUGGUCCACCAUCCGAAUUUAACGUCUAUGUUUUCGCAAAAUAUAUCCUGGUUACAUGGAAAGCUCCCGUGGAACCGAACGGCGUUGUUACAAAAUAUCAAGUGAGGUCGGCGCAGUACGAAGGUUCGCAGCCAAGCGACGAUCUUCAGGUAUCCUGGCAGGAAGUCGGGCCAGGCGUUUUUAGGAAGCUGCUGGACAAUCAGACGCCGGAGAGAAAUUAUGUUGUAGAAAUACAAGCACAGACAAGCAAAGGGUGGGGAGAUAAAGAAAGAAAGACAGCUCGAAUUGUGGCAUAUGCUCGUAAGUAAUUUUUCAACAUUUUAUUGAUUAGUUCUGGAGUCAACUCUCUCAUUGCGGUGACCUCACUGAGGGCUUAAAAAGGCCCUUGAAUUUUUACUCCAUGUCAGUUGCAGGCUUGUCUUAAUUACGUUUUAGUUACAAUCAAACUUGCCUGGCUCCUUUACCAUCUAGCAAGUGAGUAUGAAAUCUUUCUUGCCGGGAAGGAAAAUCUAAUGGUCCCAGACAUCCAGACGGGGCAUGCAUUCUUUGAGCCAUCCCCCCAUUAUGGAUACCUUGAUAAUGGGGACAGCAGUUAAAUCCCCGGUAAAACUGCAUUGCACUUUGAGGUGCUUUUCUUUGCCUUCACUUCACGACGAUGAUCCGCGAAAUUUGCUAAUGCGAGGCGCAACAAGCUCAGAAAUCCUCGCUGUUCCCACUAAUAAUGCGCCCUUUUAUUCUAGAGCGCGUGCAAUCCUUGCGCCUGCGUGUAUGUUAAUACUAAUGGCCACAAGUGGACUGUAGGGAAUCUUUCAGUUUGUUAUGAAUUGCUUUAAGUUAUAUGUAGAUGCCUGUAAAAUGAUUAUUUUUUUCAGCUCCCGCCAAACCAGCAAGACCCACCGCUGAGGGAAACGCUGUGGAUAAAGUAAGAGUUACUUACAAAUUUGGCCUGGGUGGAGGCUACACGCAUGAGUUCUUGGUCAUGUAUCGAAGGAAGUGUAAGCAUUUUUAAAGAUGUUAAUAAAUGAAAGCUCGUUAACCCCUACACACCCAGAGUAAAUGACUGAGGCCUGUUAGAUUGUUCUAACAUUUGAGUACAUCGUUCUAUCUUUUGAGUCUGAAGACAAAAAUUCUAUGGUGUGACAAUUCAAAUGAAACCUCUAUGGUUUUACUUUCACUUUGUACUAUUCAUUUCUUUUAAUUUCUUUUCUUUUCUUUUUUUUUCACAUUGUACAAAUUAAUUAACUUUGGAAUUUUUGCCACUUUGGGAGUGAAAGGGUCACACGUUACAGGCAAGGUCGACGCUCUUUUCCAGACAACUUCUAUGACGGACACCUUUUUCUUCAACCGUUGUCUUUGGCUUUCCAUAAGGCUGGCACCUCUGCAAGACGGAGACUGAGUUGCUAAAUUAAGUGUUACAUAAUAAUUCAAUAAGUAAAAAUAUGGUGACGUCGAGUUUGACGUUCCCAGUUAAUUAUUAGAAAAAUUCGUUUAGUUUGGCGGUCAUAGCUGAACAGUUUGGAAGUUAUUCAACUUUUUAGUGGGGGGUGGGGGGAGGCUAAACCCUCUUCUCCCCAGUAUUACUAGGGUUAAACGAACAAACCAAUUGGAGGGGUGAGGGCUAUUUAAAAAUUUGUAUAUGUUGUCAUGAAAUUGCACGAGUAAGAAGAUGAGGAAGAAAUGAAACGUCUCCCUCAGUUAAGUAAUUAUCUAAAAUUCUGUAUUAUUAAUUUAUUUUGUAGUGGUAGAAGAA